AUGCUCCGCCGCGUUGCCCCGCUGCUGGCGGAGUUUCACUUCGUGCCCCUAGUGUCGAAGGUGUCGCACAAGGAAACCAAGUACCGUCUCUUGACCAAGGACUACGUAUCUGUGGUGCAGCCCGGCGCUGGACUGCCGGAGAUGCUGAGAGUGGAUCCGGCAGCACUUACGCUGCUCUCCUCCACGGCUUUCGAUGAUGUAGAACAUCUGCUGCGCUCGUCGCACCUGAGGUGCCUGCGCAAGAUCUUCGACGAUCCAGAGGCUAGCGACAAUGACAAGUUUGUAGCGCUGCAGCUGCUGAAGAACGCGAACAUCUCCUCCGCCCGCUUGCUGCCCGGCUGCCAGGAUACCGGCACAGCCAUCAUCGCGGGCUACCGCGGCGAUCAGGUGUUUGUGCCCGGCAACGACGAAGAGGCCAUCAGCCGCGGCGUGUACGACAUCUUCCAGAAGCGCAACUUCCGCUACAGCCAGAACGUACCGCUCAGCAUGUACGAUGAGAAGAACACCGGGACGAACCUGCCAGCGCAGAUUGACCUCUACGCCACCAAGGGAAUGGAGUACAGCUUCAUGUUCGUCGCGAAGGGCGGCGGCUCGGCAAACAAGUCCUUCCUGCUGCAGGAGAGCAAGUCCGUGCUCAACCCUAAGUCGCUUCGCAAGUUCCUCAAGGAAAAGCUGGCCAUGUUCGGCACCUCGGCCUGCCCGCCGUACCACGUCGCCGUCGUCAUUGGUGGCACGAGCGCUGAGACGACCAUGAAGGUGUUGAAGUACGCCUCCUGCCACUACUACGACGACCUGAUCACAAAGCCGGACAUGAAGACGGGCUACACAUUCCGCGACCUCGAGCUGGAGAAGGAGGUGCUGGAGAUAUGCCAGAACAUCGGGAUGGGUGCUCAAUUUGGCGGCAAGUACUACGCCCAUGACGUGCGCGUGAUCCGCAUGCCUCGGCAUGGCGCCUCCUGCCCCAUCGGCAUCGGUGUCUCGUGCAGCGCGGAUCGCCAGGCGCUUGGCAAGAUCAACAAGGAUGGCGUGUGGCUGGAGGAGCUGGAGACAGAGCCGUCCAAGUACCUGCCGGAUGUGGAGGAGGAUCAGCUGCUCAAGACGCCGGCGGUCAUGGUGAACCUGAACCGGCCCAUGCGAGAGGUUCUUCAGGAGCUCUCCAAGCAUCCCGCCAGGACCCGCCUCAGCCUCACGGGCACCAUCGUCGUGGCGCGCGACAGUGCCCACGCCCGGAUGCGCGAGAUGCUUGAGGCUGGCAAGCCGCUUCCACAGUACAUGAAGGAGCACCCUGUGUACUACGCCGGCCCUGCGAAGCAGCCCGACGGUCUUCCGUCCGGCUCCUUUGGUCCGACGACGGCUGGCCGUAUGGACCCGUUUGUCGACCUGUUCCAGUCGCACGGCGGCUCCAUGGUGAUGCUCGCAAAGGGCAACCGCAGCAAGCAGGUGACGAAAGCGUGCCACAAGUACGGCGGCUUCUAUCUGGGCAGCAUUGGCGGCCCAGCGGCCGUGUUGGCGCAGGAUGCAAUCAAGAAGGUCGAGUGCCUUGACAUGAAGGACCUUGGCAUGGAGGCGGUGUGGAAGAUCGAAGUGGAGAACUUCCCGGCCUUCAUCGUUGUGGAUGACAAGGGCAACGACUUCUUUGAACAGCUCUAG